AUGAAAAGAGUCGCAAUUAUCGGUGCAGGAUGCAGUGGUUUAACUGCUAUUAAAUGUUGCUUAGACGAAGGGUUACUGCCAGUCUGCUUUGAACGUGAAGAUGAUAUUGGGGGACUUUGGAAUUAUACAGACAGUGCCAAAUAUGGAAAAGGCAGUGUUUAUAAAUCGUGCGUUAUCAACACCAGCAAAGAAAUGAUGGCGUUUAGUGACUUUCCUCCUCCGAAACAUUUUCCAACGUUUUUACCACAUAAAUACGUGCUAGAGUAUUUUAGACUUUAUGCAAAGAAUUUUGGACUUUUGAAUUACAUAAACUUUAAAACUUCAAUAGAGAGUAUUGAGCAAUGUCCAGACUUUGAACAGACCGGAAGAUGGAAAGUGACAUAUCAUUCCGCCAAAACCGGACAAACUGUCUCCGAAGUAUUCGAUGGUGUAAUGGUCUGUAGCGGACACCAUACGCAUCCGUUCCUGCCUGCGUUUGAUGGUGUAGAAAAGUUCCAUGGUACGACCAUGCAUUCUCAUAGCUACCGAAGUCCUCAACAGUUUACAGACAAAAAAGUUCUGGUCGUUGGAAUUGGAAAUUCAGCAGUAGAUAUAGCAGCUGAUUUGACCAAUACAGCAUCACAGGUAUACCUAAGUACAAGACGUGGAGCAUGGGUUAUAAGUCGCAAAGGAUUCUGGGGACUUCCGUCAGAUGCUGUUGCAAAUAAUCGUCUGCUGUUCCAGUUACCAAGAAAUGUAUUACAAUGGUCUGUGGAGAAAAUGGCGAACUUCAACUUCGAUCAUGAAACCUAUGGCGUCAAACCAACUCACAGACCAUUAGAUGCUCAUCCGACAAUCAAUGACGAGCUGCCUACAAAGAUAAUGACAGGAAAAAUCAAAAUAAAACCAAACGUCCAUAACUUUGAUGAUUCCGGAGUUGUCUUUCAUGACGGAAGCCAUGAAAAGGUUGAUGCUGUCAUAUUUGCUACUGGCUAUUCUUACAAAAUCAAGUUUCUGGACGAGUCCAUUGUCAAUAUCAAUAAGAACCAGACCUGUCUCUACAAAUACAUGUAUCCACCACACCUACGGCACCCAACACUAGCUGUAAUUGGAUUGGUCCAAGCUGUUGGUGCAGUAAUGCCGAUUUCAGAAAUGCAAUGCAGAUGGUACACAAGAGUUCUCAAAGGUUCUAACACGCUGCCAUCUGUUCCCGCAAUGAUGUCAGAUAUUCAAACCAAACAAGACCAUAACAACAUGUAUGUCAAGUCACAACGACACACAAUACAGACUUUCUGGAUUGACUAUAUGGAUGAGAUUGCAGAAGAGGUUGGAUGUAAACCAGAUUUUAAAUCCUUAUUCCUGCAGGACCCCAAGCUAACUUUGCAUUGUUUACUUGGGCCAUGUUUUCCGGCACAAUAUAGACUUAAUGGACCAGGGAAAUGGAACGGUGCUAAAACGUCAAUUUGCGGUGGUAUGGAACGGUCUCUGGCACCACUAAAAUCAUCCAACGUUCUGCCAAAAAAUGCCAAAUUAGUGGACGACUGCUCACGUGACAUUUGUAUAACUAUUCCGAAAUGGCUGACUUCAUAUUUCCUUUUACUUUUUGUAGUAUUUUUGUUGUUUUGUGUAUGUCUUGUUUGAGCAAUUUAAAAAAUGUAUAUGAUUGUCUUUCAAAGAAACUGUGAUAAAAGUUUUUAAAGUUCUUAUGAUUUGUAGAUAAAAUGAAUGUUCUAAUUCAUUUUUAAUGCCUUUUUUAUAAUAUUUGUU